GUCAGGCAGUCAUUUAAUCAGUCAGUCAACCAAAAAAACAUUAGACUGGUAAUUUACAACAGAAGCUUCCAUGGAAGCUCUGGCACAUGCUGGGUCUUAUUGAAAGCACUCAUUGUUAUCUUGUGUUAAACCAUAAGUCCUGUUUAUUAUGUAUAGUAAAGUAGUAAAGUAUUAUAACGAAAGUCGUGUAAAUAGUUUUGUGCAUUGCAAUAAUAAAAAAAAAAACUCAUUCUUAUCUAAUCUUUUUCCAUUGUAAUUCAAACCUUAUGUCACUUCGUAUUUGUGUCAACACAUCGAUGUGAUUAGCAAUGUUGCAAGAUAAUGUAGUGAAAUGGUCAGAAUUGUUUACUUUUACAGGUUCUGUAAUGUUACAGCCCAAUACACCCACCUCAAGAAAUGCUGCUUGUACAACUCCACAGAAUAUAGGAACAUCUAGUAGCAGAUCGUAUGGACUACGAAGGCCAUCCUCGCCAUUUGUUUCUCCUGUGAUAAAGCGCUGUUUUGAAGGUUAUUAUCAGGAAAGUUAUAGUACACCUAAAAGAGCUAAAUGUUUAGGACAAGAUCAUGAAACUGUGCAUGUGAGCACUUUCAGUGAGUCAUGUAGAAGAAGCUCCUUAGUGUCAACAUCAGAAAAUCACAUUCCAAGUUGCUGUCAAACUGAACAACCAACUGAGCUGCUGGCAAGAAAAAAGGAUUUAAUUAAAUUGAUCCAGGGAAAGGAAGAGUCCUUAAGAAAGCUAAAUCUUGUAAAGAUGUACAGAAAUAAGAAUGACCUCAAAGAACUUCAAUGUUUGAUAGACAAGUGGCGGACUGUAAGUCAGGAGGCUGCCGAGAGACUGUUGGACAAAAUACCGGUUGAUCUUAAACCUACCAUGGGCCAGCUUUUGUCAAACCUUCAAGUCGAUAAAGAACUUAUCCACUACUCUGAUGCAGAUGAGGGGUUCUACUGAAAGAUAAAAUCAGCAUCCGUGGCGAUAACGAGGACACGUGUAACGAUACUGCGUCCCCCCUCAGCGGAUGAAAAUAGUCUACGAG